AUGGCUAAUUUAUUACCUAAAAAAGCUGAGUUAUAUGUUUAUGAAUUGUCUGAACAAUUGAUAAGUUCAUUAAAUUUAAUAGGUUUUGAUGAAUAUCUAAAUGAAAUAGAUGUUGCUGUUUCAAAGCUACCUGAUUAUGAUAAAUUGAACAAAACAAAGGAAGAACAAUUAACCAAAGAAGAACUAUUACAAUUGAGAAAUAAAGCUGUUUCUAAUGUAUUACACUGCAAUGUAUGUAAAUUGAAGUUUGAUAAUCAGAUUGACCAAAGAAAACAUUACCGGUCAGACCUACAUCAUAUCAAUAUAAAGAGGAAUAUAAAGGGACUUCCUCCAAUGUCUUCACCAGCCAGUGGGACCACGACAGAGAAGGAUGAUUUUGCAAAUUUUUUACUAGAAAAAACCAUUUCUAAUUCAUCUGAAGAAGAAAAUGAAAAUGAAAGUAUAGACAACAAUGAUAGCGAAAAUGAAAUAGCAAGUGAAAGCGGAGAAGAUAGUGAUAGUGAUACUGAAGAGAUUUCAACAUACUUAGAGGAACACCUAUCUAGUUCCCAAAAUGAAUCUACAUUAAACUCUUUUCUGAAUACGAAAUCACCACAUAUUUAUUUCAAAUCUAGUUAUUUACCAUCAGAGAAAAAUAAAGUAAUUGGUGUCUAUAAAGUGCUAUUCAAUAUUAAAGAGCUAUCAAAUCCAAUAUUGGCUUUAAAAAGCUGGAAUGAAAUCCUUGAUAAGUCUUCUAAAAUGUCUGCCUUAUUUAUGGUUGGAGGUGGUCACUUUGCUGGUGCCAUCAUAUCUCAUCAAAGAAGAAAUAUAAAAGGUAAUUUAAAGAAACAAAAAGAAACAUUUCAAGAACAAUCUGUUAUUAUGUUAGAACAUAAAACAUUCCAUAGAUACACAACAAGAAGAAAACAAGGUGGAUCUCAAUCUGUCAUGGAUAACGCAAAAGGUAAGGCUAAUUCAGCUGGGUCUACUUUACGUAGAUAUAAUGAAAACGCUUUGAAACAAGAUAUCCAGAAUUUGUUGUUAGACUGGAAACCCUAUUUAGAUAAGUGUGACAACAUUUUUAUCAGGGCCAGAAGUGUCUUUGAUAAAGCAAUUUUUUUCGAAAGCAAUAACAGUAGCCACAAUGCUGGUAAAAAAAAUAAUACCCAUUUUAUUAAUAAAUAUGAUCCUAGAUUGAAAACCUUCCCAUUCACUACAGGAAGACCGACCAUACAUGAAUUAAAGAGAGCUUGGUGCGAAUUAACAUAUUUAAAAUCUAUAGAAAAACCCAAACCAAUGAUAGCCUCUAAACAAAAAACUCAAUCCAUUGUAAAGGAUAAAUCAACAGAACUUCCUCAAGAUACUAAAAUUGCAUCCUUAACUGAAGAGGAAAAAUAUUCAGAAGAACUGAUACGAUUAGUCAAAAAGGCUAGAGCACCUUUACUAAGUUCCUUCUUAAAAAAGAAUAAAUUAGAUAUUAAUUUUAGAUUAAAACCAGAAUCCAAAUAUGGAUCCACACCAACUUUGUUACAUUAUGCAUCACAACACGGUAUAAAACAAAUGGUUAUUAUAUUAUUAUCUAAUAUGAAAGCUGAUCCCACAAUUCAAAAUAAUGUCGGGAAGACUGCAGCAGAUUUAAAUAAAAGUUUAUUGAUUAAACAAGCAUUCCAGAUUGCAAGGUACAAUUUAGGUGAAGAUUUUGUUGAUUGGAGUAAAUCACAUAUUGAUGAACCGUUGAGUAGAGAACAAGUGGAAGAAAAGAAUAAGCAAUUUGAAGAAUUAAAAAGAAAAGAAACCGAGGAAAUUAUAAAAAGAGAAUCUGAGGCAGCAAAGGCUAAUCAAAAAAUAAAAACAAAUAAACCAAAAUCCAGUAAAGGCAACACUUUAGGAAGUUCUUCUAAUGGGAUAUCAUUAGAAUACAAUUUAAAUUCUUUAACGGAAGAGCAGAAAAGAAGAUUAAUGAGAGAGCAACGGGCUAGAGCUGCCGAGGCAAGGAUGGCCCGUAAUCAAUAA